CCCAGCCCGACGGCACGCCCAUUGCGCAUGUUGGCCGACGUGCGCGCCCUCUUGCAAUCCGGCAAGGUCCAGGAGGUGAAGCAACUGUUAAGGGCGAACGCGUGGCCUGCCAAUCAUCCGAUCAGAAAAGAAUUAUGGCCUUUGUUGUGCAAGCAACAUGGCAAGGCUGGCGGAGUGUCGGGCGAUGGAUUCUACUGGGACAUGGUGGUUCAGGUGUUUGGAUCGGCGGAACUGCCCGAGCGACCCGUCGGGUUGCCGCCUUUUGUCGAACCAUCCCGUUGCCACGCCUACCAUUUGACAAGAUCGGGGCGCGCGUGCGCCGAUCGCGUUAUCAGCGUACUGGGCUACGCAUGUCCGGAUAUCGUCUACAGUCCCGCCAUCUACCCGAUAUGCGCGCUACUGCUCCAUUAUGUAACUGGUAAGUGUUUGAGCUUUUUGAAAAAUUUGCUCGAUGUUUGGAUCAAAAUCGGGCUAUUUUGAGCGGAGAUUGCGAAA